AUGCCGAUUAUAACUAAACCGAAAAAUCCACGAGAGCCUCAGACUUUUUGGGAACGUUUAACACGCCGACGUGGUUGGGGGUAUCCCGAUAUACUUGACGUUCAGGGCUCUGUAUUCUUUAAUCUUGUACCCAUUCUCGUUUCUGCAACUUUGUGGACAAUUUUAAUCGCGGUCUUAUAUACAGUAUUUAAUAUAAACGUUUCCUUUUCCAGUAAUUUGACCGGAUCUAUUGCUUUGGUGGUCGGCCUCCUUUUGGCAUUCCGUACGAACAAUGCUUAUGAUCGAUAUAAUGAGGGACGAAAACUGUUUAGUAGUAUGUGUACAUAUGUCAGAAACUGUACACGUACUAUUUGGAUAGGUGUCGUAGAGAAAAAUGUAGAAGAUCGUCAAAAAAAAGUGGAACAUAUCAAAUUAUUAUUGGCAUUUGUAGUUGCCGUCAAGCAUCAUCUUCGAUUAGAAUUUGGCACGCAUUGGGGUGAUUUAAAUGACCUUCUUCUUCCUGAAGACUUCCAGUUUACAGAAUUUGAGGGUACCGCUGAUCAAACUGCCGUAAUUGAAGAAUCAGAAGGAAAAACUACGAUUGAAAUGCCACAUACACAUGUUACACGAACAUUAUCAAGUAGAAUUCCACCGACUCUUUAUGUUAAAGAAAUCCGUCCUAGUUUAAUUAAAAUGUCAGAAGUCGAAAGGAAAAAUUUGUACGGCGAUUGCGAAAGUGAUUUUGUUGAAGAUGAAAUUAUAUUUCAUUUGGGUAGAUAUAUUGAAAAACAAUGCAAAGACGACAAAUUCGAUCUGAGUAAAUUUGGAUCAGUUGUUGGAAAUUUAAAUUCCUUAAUCGAUUGUCUGGGAAAUUUGGAAAGAAUUGCAAAUACACCUAUCCCAACUGCAUAUAAUGUACAUCUCAAACAAGCUGUUAUGUUAUAUGUAUUUGCACUUCCAUUUACCAUAAUUGCUGAACUUGGUUGGUUUACUGUUCCCACGAUAUUUCUUGUAUCUUUUACUUUUUUUGGUAUCUUAGCUGUUGGCACAGAAAUUGAGAAUCCGUUUGGUUAUGAUGAGAAUGAUCUCCCAUUGGAUGAUUAUUGCAAAGAUAUGGAAGCAGAAGUCAAAUAUCUGGAAAGACAUCUUCCAACAACGAAAGU